UCAUCCACAUAAAUUCUAAACACGAGUCAUCAAGAUUACAAGCAUGUGUAUCUUCACGUACCUGGCUCUGGCGGUUUCCAUGGCAACGAUGUGCGAUGGCUUUUAUGUGGUCAACUACUGGGACCAGCCGUUUGACUUCAAGUGUCCCCUGGGUCAGGCCAUCAGCUACAUCUCCAGCGAGCACAGCGAUUACUUCGAGGACAGGAGGUGGGAGUUUCACUGCCGGCCGGUGGGGGAGACUAGAGUUUGUGAAGAAAGUGGGUAUGUGAACGAGUUCGACCAACUGUUAACCUACGUGUGUCCAGAUAACAAAGUGAUGACCGGUGUCUCUAGUUACCAUAGCGACUACUACGAAGACCGCAGGUUCCAGUUCCAGUGCUGCAGCGUCACCGGCAGAAAUUUGACCGGAUGUUACAUAACAGGUGACGUCAACACUUGGGACAGGCAACUGACCCUUUUCGUCCCCGAGGGUAGAGUGGUAAAUGGCGCGUACAGCGUACACAGCGAUUACUAUGAGGACAGGAUUUGGAGAUUCAACAUUUGCAGCAUUUAAAAAUUAAUUAAUACUUUGUAUCAUUUAUGUUUUAAUUACCUAUUAUCUACUUCGAGAAACGUUUGUGUUUAUUGUUAAAAACUUUUUCUUUUGAUGUGUUAUGUAUUAUGUUUUAAACUAUAAAACGUAUUUUUUUAACGAAAUUGGUGCAUUUUAAAGUUAUUGUAGUAAUCCGAUUUGGUUAAAAUUAGCUAUUCCUACAUAUUCGUAUUUCUAGGCACAAUAAAAACGAGAGCAUG